GGACCUAGUCCAACCGUCUCAUGGGCUGCUUCUCCUCCCGCCGGCUUGCCCAAGUUCGAAUCCCAACCGACAGUUAAACCAACCUGUCAAGACAGCAACCUUCGAUCUCUUCCAACAAUAUUUAUGUGCAGGCCAUGCACCUUGAUCGGUACCACCUACAUGUCAUGAAUUAACGUCCUAGCUAGCUUCUCAUGAAUUCUAGCAGCAGCAGCGACAGUAUUACCCUCACAAUGUGGUGGCCGUCUGUAGUGGUUGUGUUAUUGCUUCUGACAUCCAACUUGGUUGCAUCGCAGUCCAUCAUCAAAACUCUUCCUGGUUUUACUGGCGAGCUUCCCUUCAAACUCGAAACUGGGUAUAUUGGCGUUGGAGAGUUAGACGAGGUGCAGCUAUUUUACUACUUCAUCGAGUCUGAAAGGAGUCCUAAGGAUGACCCUCUUGUUCUUUGGCUCAACGGCGGUCCUGGCUGUUCCGCUCUCUCGGGCCUUUUAUUUGAAAUUGGUCCUUUUACUUUCAACUAUGCAAAUUCUAGUGGGAACAAACCAACAUUGGAAUUGAACCCGUACUCGUGGACAAACGUUGCCAACAUAAUAUUUGUAGAUGCACCUGUCGGUACUGGAUUCUCAUAUGCAACAACUUGGGAGGCAUAUAAUGUCAGUGACACAUUAUCGGCGGCACAAACUUAUGAAUUUCUAAGAAAGUGGCUUUUGUCUCAUUCUAUGUUUCUCUCAAACUCCCUCUAUAUUGCCGGCGAUUCUUAUUCCGGCAUACCCAUCCCGAUCAUUGUUCAAGAAAUUUCAAACGGUAAUGAAGUUGGACAUUUGCCACCAUUAAAUCUCAAAGGUUUUAUGCUAGGCAACCCACUUACACAUAGAAUUUUUGACGUUGAUGCAAGACUAAAAUUCGCUCACCGGAUGGCACUCAUAUCGGACAAACUUUACGAGUCAACAGAAAGAAACUGCAAAGGAGAAUAUAUAUAUCCGGAUCCAAGCAAUGCAAAGUGCAUAGAAGAUCUUCAAGUAGUCGAAGAGUGCCUCACCCAAAUAUGUCUUGCCCAAGUAUUGGAACCAAAUUGCGCAACAGAGUCCCCAAAGCCAAAUAAAUUUCGGGAAUUGAGCGUUCUCGGUGACAAUUUCAUAGACAUACACCCCUCAACACCUGAAGUUCCAGGACCAUGGUGUCGGAACUAUAACUAUCGGUACUCUUAUAUUUGGGCGAAUGAUAAAACAGUGCAACAGGCUCUCCACAUCCGAGAGGGAACCAAAACAAAUUGGGAGAGAUGCAAUCAGAGUUUAGAAUAUACAGAGAAUGUCAUAACGAGUAUUGAUUACCACCGAAACCUCACCAAGAAAGAUCUUCGAGCUCUGGUUUACAGCGGUGAUCACGACAUGGUGAUUCCAUAUGUGGGCACUGAAGAAUGGAUAGAAACGCUGAACUUGUCUAUAAAGGAUUACUGGAGACCUUGGUUUGUUAACGGUCAAAUCGCAGGAUACGUCACGAUCUUUAAAGAGGAAAAGUACAGCUUGACAUUCACAACUAUAAAGUGCCAUUUUGGUUUGUGUUGCAGGGUGGGGGUCACACUGCACCAGAGUACAAGCCUAAGGAAUGUCUCGCCUUGAUUGAUAGGUGGUUUUCUUACUACUUUCUGUAGCACAGAAUAUCAAAUAACUCAUUCUCAUUCCAAUUAGCUAGCUUGUUUUUAUUGAUGUAAUAGUUGGAGAAUCGGGAAAGAUCUAUUUACACGCAUAAACAGAGAAAGCUCCUUCGUAUUAAGGGCACAUUGUUGUUUCAAUCAUUGUUCACUAAACAUAUUAUGGUAAUUUAUGAGUUGUAAGGGCCUAAUUUGGUCUCAGAGAAACCAUGAGACAAGAGUUUUAGGUUA